AUGACUCAAUAUGCAUUUACUGACAAACGUCAAUCAUUUCGUCGAUCGUUCGCUGAUAAUAUUGAUGAUGAUAUAUCAAAAACAAAAUCAAAAUCCUCUCGUAUUAUUGAUAAAAAUAAUUCAUCAUCAUCACCAGAAUCUAAUAUCGAACCUGGUUCACGUAUUGAAUUUCUUGAACGAAAUCUUCGUUAUAUUCAGGAACAACAAGAAACAGUACUUAUUGAUUUACAUAAUGAAAUCAGUCGACUUCAACAAGAAAAUAGAGAUCUUCAUUAUCGAUUGAUCAAAACUCAAUCAUCAUCAUCAAUAGAACAAAAACAAACAAAUACAGACCAAAUAUCUUCUCCUUCGCCAAGUAAAUCUAUUCAUGAAAAUCAAAUUCAUCUUAAACAAUAUAUUGAUAAACUUGAAAAACAAUUAAUUGAAAGUGAACAAAAAAAUAAAUAUUUAAUACAAACAAUCGAUGAAUUAAAUAAAACUUUAUCAUCGAAAGUUGAAGUACCAAAUAUAAAUAUUUCCAAUAAAGAUGAUAUUCAAAUGCCUAUACAAACAACUAAUAAUGAAUGUCAACAUUUAUUUAAUAUGACACCUGACAAAGAACAACAAUAUAUACAUGAAAUAGUUAAAUUACGAUCUAUAUUAAUUGAAAUUCUCAAUACUGAACAAUUAAAUAUACCAUCAAAAAUUCUUAUUCGUGAUUAUUUAACAUCAACAAAUAUUAGUGAAAAUUCAAUGAGUAAAACUACAACAACACCAGUUGAUAUGUUAUAUUUUAAUGAAAAUCAACAACAGAAAACUAUUACUUCAUCAUCAACAGCUGGAAAAACUUCAUUAUUUCGACCUGAAUUACCUGUUCGACGUUUAAAUAUUUCGCCACCACCAUCAAUUGUUGCACAGAAAUUAAGUGGUCAACAUCGUCCAAUUGAACAACGUUUAACUUUACCUCCGAUUAUGUCAGGAAAUAAUUCAGCAUUACGUCAAAAUCAAACUGAUCUAAAUAAUUUAUUUCAUAACUCAUCAAGUCCAAAACAUGAUUCUCAAAAUCAAAAUUUAACCAAAUUUAGUGAAACAUCAAUAGCUCGACGAGAACGAGCUACUCAUGAAUUACAAAAAAAUAGACUAAUGAAAAAUCUUUAUCAUUAA